CCAACUUCUCUACAACGUACCUUCCCAAACAUACUUGAAGCAGAUUUCCUCCUACCCAACACAAACACCACUCAGCAAACUACCUAUAACAAAAUGCUCGGACGCUCCCACUCCAAGAAGAAGUCCACCGAUGGCAAGCACCGCUUCGCCAUCUCCUCAUUCCGCGGUCUCGGCGCUCCCGAGCUCUCUAAGAAGCUCCGCAAUCUGAUCAAGACCCAAAACCACCAGAUCGGCGCCUACGAGCAGGCCGGCCGUGAGUCGCAAUCCCUCGCCAGCCAGCUCAGCGAGUGGGGCGAGAGCACCGAGGACGAUGCCGUCAGCGACAUCAGUGAUAAGCUUGGCGUGUUGCUCGCGGAGAUCGCAGAGCAGGAGGACCAGUUCGCGCAGAACUUGGAGGAGAGCAGAGGCGUGUUGAAGCAGAUUCGCAAUGUCGAGGCGAGCGUGCAGCCGACCAGGACCAACAAGCAGAAGAUCCAAGACGAGCUCCAAAAGCUCAAGUACAAGGAGCCCGAAUCCACCAAGAUCGUCACACUCGAGCAAGAGCUCGUCCGCGCGGAAGCGCAGUCGCUCGUCGCCGACGCCCAGCUCACCAACGUGACCCGUCAAAAAUUCAAGGAGGCCUACGACAUCCACACCGCCGCCGUCAUCGAGCGUGCCGAGAAGCAGAUCAUCCUCGCGCAGCAAGCCCGUCGUCUGAUCAACAUGCUCGACGACACACCCAUCGUUCCCGGCGAGGACCGCGUGGCUUUCACCGGCGCGGACGAGGGCAAGGAGGUGUUGAAUGAUGCUGAGACCGGACUCAGGGGAUGGAGCUUGAAUGUUGACCCGAUCGAGAGCAAUGCUGGCAAGAUUGGCAACAGUGGUAUGGGUGCUCCCCCGCAGCAGGAGCAGUCGGUUACUACUGUCACCACUGCUGGCGAGGGAUCCGUGACCUCGGAUCAGCAGCGCGUUGAGGAGCUCGAGAGGCAGCAGCAGGAGGAGUUGGCUUCGGAGAACCCACCAUACCCAACCGCUGAGAAGACUGGCAACGCUGCUCUUGCGUCUUAGAAAGAUUUCUGAGGUAGCCAGCCGUAAGGAAGACGGGACUUGGAUGGACGAGCGAUGUACUGCAUGACUGUGCGGUUUUGUUAUGUGUGCUUUGCGCAAUACCAGGGUGUGGGCAACUACAGUAAUUGACAGCGACAGAUAAUUUCGGGUGCAAUCUAUCAUACCCAGCGCA